UGUUUGUAAUAGGGGUUUGUUCCCUGAAAGAUUGCGAUUGGAAUAUGAACACCGACAAGACAUAGACAGCAUCGCUAUCAUCGAGUGACCUGGAUGUGAAAUCCAAAUAGGCCGUAUAUUGGUCUAUUAUUUUGACAGCACAGGAUCAGAGAAGAGAAAAAAAAACAUCGCGAAAGCGAGAGGGUGAUGAUAGGAGUUGCUAGUUAGCUAACUAACACAUCAUCAGGACUUGAUUCCAUCGUGUGUUACAAUCGGCAUUGCGAGACUAAUGGUGGACAUAGUCAGGCGUGCAAUGUUAGCCAGUCAGCUAGCUAGCUAACCAGCAGGCUGGAAUGGAAAAUAAGUACUGUCAUAUGAUUUUAGCCAGUUAGCUAGCUAACCUGGCUAAUGGGUAGAAGAGAGCUAGCUAGCCAUGUAUUUCAAUCGGUACAUACUCAUAGUUUCUUGCUAAUUACGUUAGCUUCUUUGCUAGUUACCCGUUUUAUCCCGUAGAAUAUUGCUAGUUUGCGGUUUUUUUGUGCACGCGUACUCCCACGUUUCUUAUUGAUGGAAAUAACCAUUUUGCUGCUGUUGUGACGUGAAACUCUGAAAGCUGGCUAGCAAGUUGCUAGGUAACAUAAUUAGCUUGAUAGAUAAACAAUGGCUCAAGAGGCGUUUCCUUUACAUUUUCUGGUUUGGAACAACCAAUACCUUGAGCUUGAACGGGAACUACAGAAAAACGAGGUAGGUCAACCGGGGGUAGCAACAUCAGUUUCUCUUUUUCAACCAUUCAUGUUUUGAGUUUAACAGCUGCGCUGCCGCACCGUUCUGAGAGGCGUGCCCCAGCUUUCAUGACCCACCAGGGCUGUUUUUCCACAGGAGAAUGUGGAGCGCUUGGACCCGCGGGGGCGCACCCCGCUAGAGCUGGCGGUGUGUCUAGGCCACCUGGAAUCAACCCGUGUGCUGCUCAGACACUGCGCAGACCCGACGCACUGCAACGCGCAGAGCUGGACUAGUGAGUGUAUAAACUGGGGAAUGACUGGGAAGAAUAGUGUACUCCAAAAACAAAGCAGGGCCAAUAUAUUGCUGUCAGUUUGUUGAAGGAUAGCUAUGAGGGUUAAUAUCGUGUGUCUAUGGGGUCGUUCCAUUUGAAUUUAAUCACUUUUUGACCGCACACCUUUUGGUUUGAACGAAACUUUCCGUACAUAUUUGCCCAUGGUAGAAGUGGUCAGAAAGCGACUUUUUGGACCAGAAUGCCAAAACAUUCAGGAGAUAAAGAUGCUCAAAGGGAGUUUAGCCGCCCUACACUCCUUGAAGUAUAUGGUACCACAAAGAUCGUUGGAGGUCCACACAUCAGAUAAUGUUGACUUGAAUGACAAUAUUAGUUGUUUUAAAUUAUACUCUGUCUUCCAUAGGAUACCUAUUGAAAUAUAGAUAAUAGAAUAGACAUUCUCAUUUAAGAUGACAUUCGACUGUAGGUGGACCAGCAGCCAUCUUUGUGUAAGUAAUUGGAAGUUAAAACGUCAAUUCAAUUAACAUUUUAAUGGUGUACCAGCUACAUUGCAGUGGUCUGAAGGGAUAGGUCCAUUCUAUGAGUUCUAUUUCUAUGACUGAAAUGACACCCACCUUGUAUUCAAGUGCAUGCACUGUCUUAACCGAUGACAGGCACAACACAAACACCACAGAUUAUGUCAAUGAGGAUCUAAGUAGCCUCACCAUAAACCAGGCUGCCCUAAAUGUGAAGCCUGGGGAAGUCCAUGGUAGAAAAUUAGCUAAAUAUGGGUGGGAACCCGCUGUAAAUCAGUGACGCCUUUCAACACCUCAAACCAAUCAAAUGCCUUGCUUGGGUGGAGCUGGUGUGAGGAGCUAUAGGAGGAUGGUCUCAUUAAUGGUUGGAAUGGAAUUCAUGGAACGGAGUCAAACGUGGUUUCCAUGUGUUUGAUACCAUUCCAUUCCAGCCAUUACAAUGAGCCUGUCCUCCUAUAGCUCAUCCCACCAGCCUCCACUGGUGUAGUAUCUGUGACAGUGCAUGAUGAUGACUGGGAAAUCGCUUAUUUUAAAACCUAUUCAAAAUAUGUCGAUUUAUGCCGAUUUUGUGUAUAGAGCACACUUCUGGCAAAACAUAAUUAAUUUUUUCCUCCAGGUUUUCUUCCAUUUUCUGCAAUGUUGCAAUCUAGCAUAUGGAACAACUCUGCAAAAUGUGCCCUACCAGGUCUGAAAAAAGUGACGAACACGUAGCACCAACGGGCAUGUGCGGGAGGGUUGUUGAAAUGUAACAUCCAAUGAAAAUCAGCGGUCCAUUCAAACCGUUUUGGCCAAUACAAAAUUCUCCAGAACUCCAAGGGAGGCGUGACAACGACCUGAUUUUGGAGGUAUGGGUACUUGAAUCUAGGGUCUAAGCUACAACAUAUGCGAAAAUGAAAAAAAUCAGAGUUCACCUGUUUUAUAAAAAAAAAGCUUUUCAAGAAAUUAUAAAAUAGUUUGACAACCCUGUUUGUAACAUUUUCAAUGACAUUGUGGGGUAGGCAAAAUGGGUCAACAUUGAGCACCUCUCGCUCCUGAAUAUUUUUGCAUUUAGGUACAAAAAGUUACUUUCCGACCACUUCUACCAUGGCUAAGUAUGUAUGGAACAUUUUGUUCAAAUCAAAAGGGGUGCGGUCAAAAAGUGAUUGAAAUCAAAUUGAAUGACCCUACGUCCAGUUUUGCAGGAGGCAGUGAGCACAGGGGACCCCGAGCUUUGUCAGCUGGUGCUGCAGUACAGAGACUUCAAGCGAGCCACAGAGAGACUGGCUGGCAUCCCAGAACUGCUCAGCAAGCUAAGACAGGUAAGACAGGUAGCCUAGCGGUUAAUCGUGUUGGGCCAGUAACCGAAAGUUCGGUGGUUCGAAUAUCCGAGCCGACUAGGGGAAAAAUCUGUCGGUGCCCUUGAGCAAGGCAACCCUAGUUGCUCCUGUAAGUCACUCUGGAUAAAAGCGUCUGCUAAAUAACUAAAAUGUAAAUGUAACACUUUGCAGUCCUCGCUUCAUCCACAUACAGUGGGGAAAAAAAGUAUUUAGUCAGCCACCAAUUGUGCAAGUUCUCCCACUUAAAAAGAUGAGAGGCCUGUAAUUUAUCAUAGGUACACGUCAACUAUGACAGACAAAAUGAGAAAAAAAAAUCCGGAAAAUCACAUUGUAGGAUUUUUAAUGAAUUUAUUUGCAAAUUAUGGUGGAAAAUAAGUAUUUGGUCAAUAAUAAAAGUUUCUCAAUACUUUGUUAUAUACCCUUUGUUGGCAAUGACACAGGUCAAACGUUUUCUGUAAGUCUUCACAAGGUUUUCACACACUGUUGCUGGUAUUUUGGCCCAUUCCUCCAUGCAGAUCUCCUCUAGAGCAGUGAUGUUUUGGGGCUGUCGCUGGGCAACACGGACUUUCAACUCCCUCCAAAGAUUUUCUAUGGGGUUGAGAUCUGGAGACUGGCUAGGCCACUCCAGGACCUUGAAAUGCUUCUUACGAAGCCACUCCUUCGUUGCCCGGGCGGUGUGUUUGGGAUCAUUGUCAUGCUGAAAGACCCAGCCACGUUUCAUCUUCAAUGCCCUUGCUGAUGGAAGGAGGUUUUCACUCAAAAUCUCACGAUACAUGGCCCCAUUCAUUCUUUCCUUUACACGGAUCAGUCGUCCUGGUCCCUUUGCAGAAAAACAGCCCCAAAGCAUGAUGUUUCCACCCCCAUGCUUCACAGUAGGUAUGGUGUUCUUUGGAUGCAACUCAGCAUUCUUUGUCCUCCAAACACGACGAGUUGAGUUUUUACCAAAAAGUUAUAUUUUGGUUUCAUCUGACCAUAUGACAUUCUCCCAAUCCUCUUCUGGAUAAUCCAAAUGCACUCUAGAAAACUUCAGACGGGCCUGGACAUGUACUGGCUUAAGCAGGGGGACACGUCUCGCACUGCAGGAUUUGAGUCCCUGGCGGCGUAGUGUGUUACUGAUGGUAGGCUUUGUUACUUUGGUCCCAGCUCUCUGCAGGUCAUUCACUAGGUCCCCCCGUGUGGUUCUGGGAUUUUUGCUCACCGUUCUUGUGAUCAUUUUGACCCCACGGGGUGAGAUCUUGUGUGGCGCCCCAGAUCAAGGGAGAUUAUCAGUGGUCUUGUAUGUCUUCCAUUUCCUAAUAAUUGCUCCCACAGUUGAUUUCUUCAAACCAAGCUGCUUACCUAUUGCAGAUUCAGUCUUCCCAGCCUGGUGCAGGUCUACAAUUUUGUUUCUGGUGUCCUUUGACAGCUCUUUGGUCUUGGCCAUAGUGGAGUUUGGAGUGUGACUGUUUGAGGUUGUGGACAGGUGUCUUUUAUACUGAUAACAAGUUCAAACAGGUGCCAUUAAUACAGGUAACGAGUGGAGGACAGAGGAGCCUCUUAAAGAAGAAGUUACAGGUCUGUGAGAGCCAGAAAUCUUGCUUGUUUGUAGGUGACCAAAUACUUAUUUUCCACCAUAAUUUGCAAACAAAUUCAUUAAAAAUCCUACAAUGUGAUUUUCUGGAGAAAAAAAAUCUCAAUUUGUCUGUCAUAGUUGACGUGUACCUAUGAUGAAAAUUACAGGCCCCUCUCAUAUUUUUAAGUGGGAGAACUUGCACAAUUGGUGGCUGACUAAAUACUUUUUCCCCCUACUGUAUAACACACACAGGUAACACGCAUGUCAAUCAAAUACACCAGUGCACAGAUAUCUGAAACACACUGUCACCUCUUUCAGGCCCGGGAUUUUUACGUGGAGAUGAAAUGGGAGUUCACUAGUUGGGGUGAGUUUCUGAUGUUCUCACAGUGGUUGGUUUCAUCAGCACACAGAUAGCUCCCAAUUCUACUGUCACUGUGAUGCACAGUGGUAUUAAUGCCACACAUGUUGUGUCCCUCUCGCCCCCUCUAUCUCCCCCUCCCUUCCUCUUGCAGUGCCCCUGGUCUCCAAGGUGUGUCCCAGUGAUGUGUACCGUGUGUGGAAGAGUGGCUCGUGUCUCCGGGUGGACACCACUCUACUGGGCUUCGAGCACAUGACCUGGCUCAAGGGCCGUCGCAGCUACAUCUUUAAGGGCGAAGGUAUGACACUGGUGAUAUGGCUAGCUAUUCCACGCUGCGUUUCAUCUGUCGUAUUUCUGUUUUUACUAGCGCGAGAAUUGGGAUGUGUGGUAACCUCAUGGUGGUUUGUGUUGUUUCCAUAGAGACCGGCUGAAUGGUGAUAAGUGUGUUGUUUCCAUAGAGAAUGGUGCCGUGGUGAUGGAGGUGGACCAUGACAAGCAGGUGGUGUACACGGAGCCUCUGUCUCUCUCCCCGCGGGACGCCCCAUCUCUCCUGGCUGCCAUGCUGCCCACCCAGGAGAACACCGCCCAGAGACUUACCUCCCCCAUCGUCUCCACACACCUCAACACACGCAACAUCGCCUUCGAGAGGUAACACACACACACACAUCAUCUCAACAUCGCCUUCAAGAGGUAACUACUUCAUACAUACACACACACACACGGACAUACAGCCAACAUACUCACCUACCUGGUCUCGCUGCUUAUGCUUGCCUCCGGCUGUUUGCUGCACAGGAACAAGUCUGGCAUUUGGGGCUGGCGCUCUGAGAAGAGUGAGGCAGUCAGUGGCUACGAAGCAAAGGUGAGCCAGAGACCCCAUUGGACUUUAAAAAUGCUUCUAAUAGAAAGUGUUUGUUGGCAUUUAAAAGCAUUUUUUCAUUGUUUUACUGAAUCAAGUUUUUCCUUUGGUUUGUUUCAGGUAUACAGUGCCACUAAUGUGGAGCUGGUGACUCGAUCAAGAACAGAGCACCUGUCGGACCAGGACAAGUCAAAGAGCAAAGGUACACACACACAAACACGCGCGCACACACACAGAUACAGAACACUCUCAUGUUUAAUUUGUUCAUAGUAUACAUACACCCACAGUAUGGUUAUAUCCCUCCUGUCUUCCCAGGCACCAAGACUCCUCUUCAGUCCUUCCUGGGGAUAGCUGAGCAGCAUACCGCUCAUAAUGGGGUGAGUUUCAUGAAGACACACACCUCUACCUCCUAUUGUAUGUGGUGGAUAGAUGCUUUGAUGGACUGAUGGAUGUGCUCAUUGAUGUCUCUCCCCAUGUCUCUCAGAGUAAUGUUUCUCAGUGUGCCAGCCCCCAUAACCCCACGGCCAUCACAGCUGAGGAAUACUUUGACCCAGAGUUCCAACUAAACGAACGAGACAUCGGACGCCCCGUGGAGCUCACCAGCAAAGUCCAGAGGUACCACUGUUGCCAUGGCAACGGAGAACCAGGCUCGCCAUAGCAACGCACCGUCAAGCUCGGAGAAGCACAAUAUCACCACCAUGUUUAAUGCAAGUGUCUCUAUUCUCUCUCUCUCUAGGUUUAAGGCCCAUCUGUGGUUGAGUGAGGCUCACCCUCUGUCAUUGGCUGAGCAGGUCACGCCCAUCAUUGACCUCAUGGCCAUCUCUAACGCCCACUUUGCCAAACUACGUGAUUUCAUCACCCUGAGCCUGCCCCCUGGCUUCCCUGUCAAAAUAGGUGAGAAUAAAAACUGACCCCUAGCCCAUACCUCCUAGGCUGGGGUCAGGAUCUGAAACAGACAGUCCCAGAGAGAGAGGACAUUAAGAGGAGUAGGUGCUAUCAAAAGAAAAAGGAAGUUUUACAAUUGCUUUACAAUUUAGGCUGAAACGAGAGUUUGAAGAUUUUCUUUCACACUUCCCACCUUACAUCUCUCUGUCGCUCUCUUUCUCUCUCUCAGAGAUCCCUCUGUUCCAUGUGUUGAAUGCUAGAGUGACCUUCAGUAACCUGUGUGGCUGUGAUGAGCCUGUCAGCUCUGUCAAUGUACACACACCAGAGGAGGCCCCCGAAGCUGGUAACCACACACACACAUACACACAUAUAUAUAUAUAUAUAUAUACACACACUAACUCCCCGUCCAUCUGCUCGCAGGGCAGGCCCCCCCUCCCUUUCACUGCGAGGUGGACCCCUCCGUUUUUGAACCACCCCCGGACUACACCACGCUUGGUCCGGGCCGCAGCGAGCCAAUGAGAGACGAGGAUGAUAACUUGCUGCAGUUUGCCAUCCAGCAGAGCCUAUUGGAUGCAGGGACAGAGAGCGACCAGGUGAGACAGGAAAUAUGUGUAUUUUAGAGCUGGUUAAUCCAUGGUUUAUAUAAGUAAUUGAUCCACAUCUUAGAUAUUUAUCAGCUUUAGAUUUUCAUGACGAUUGCCAUGGAAGUUCAGAAAGUACAAGACAUGCUUAAUAAUGCCUCUCUCUGUAGGUGACUAUAUGGGAAGCUCUGACUAACAGUCGUCCUGUUUCUGGGCACAUACAGUCACCACUGUACGAGGACGACUCUCAGCUGGAGAGGUGAAAGAACGUACCUCCAUUUUCCUUCACCUUGUCCAUGUCAGAUAAUGUAUUAUAAGGCUUUCCCUCUCUACUUUUAAACUGUCCUCCCGCUACCUCUCUCUGAUAGGGCGAUCCAGGAGUCCCUGUCGAUCUCAUUGGCUAGUGGUGAGGAAGGAGAUCCCGCAUCUCCCCUGUCAGUCUCGUCGUCGGACCCCGGAGCCAACUCCCCUCCCUCCUACAGCUCAGUGGCUGAGCCGCGGUUGCCGGGGCCGUUUUCCGUGGUGAACAGCUUUGACGAGCAGCUACGCAUCGCCAUGGAACUCUCGUGCAGGGAGCAGGAAAAGAUGGACAGGUGAGAGAGAGAGAGAGAGAGGAGGGUUUCUUUCUUUGUUCAUCCAUUGUUCUCUGACAAGAGGAUGAGGAGAGGAACCCAUCCUAGAGAAUUUGGACAACGUCAUGGAGAGGGGGAUUAAAAGGAUGGAAAGAAAAUGAUUUUGGGUGAUUGACUUCCAGUUUCUAUGCCUAUUGACUUAAUUAUGUUUCCUGUUACAGGGAAAGGCAGCAGGAAGAGGAGGAGCUGGAGAGGAUCCUUCAGCUUUCCCUCUUAGAGAAGUAG